UGGCCGGAGCAGAGCUCUCGCCGUUGUCAUUGUUGUUCGGACUAGUGUGGGCGAAGGCAGAGGGGCACCUACCCAAGGGGCGCGUAAGCAGCUUCUACUAGAAAACCCUUGCUGUCGGUGUCGCCGCUCUCCGCUCUCCUUACGCCCUCUCUCCUCCGAAAAGCUCGGCUGCAAGGAUGCCGAGGAAGGCGAAGCCCACGAAGCACUCCUCAGCGGAGCUCAACAAGCGGGCAGCCGCCUCAUUGCAAAACAAGGGGGGAGGGUUGGCCGGGCUCGCGGACAGAAAAGGGGGCGCCGCGGGCCACUCUCGGUUCUUGUGCACAAUCUGUGGUGUCCAGGCUCCUUCGCUCACCAGUAUGAAGGCCCACCACGAAUCGAAGCAUGUGAAGCUGCCCUGGGACCCAUCGCUUUACGAAGACGUACAGGCCAAGCACGGUGGGACAACGCAGGGUGUGGCCGUCAGGGGCACCACCAAUGCCAAGAAGCUGAAGGGCAAGAACCCCAAGGCAGACCUCGAUGACUUGCUCGCAGCCGGACUACGCGGAGGCAAGAAGUAACCCCGUUCGCAGCCACGGGGCCGCCCGCCCACCCCCCCGCCCUGGUUACUGCCUUGUAGACCAGGCGUAAUGCCAUGGUGUUUCUUGUUGCUGCGGGGGCGAGAUUGGGACGGGAAAGAAACGAACCAAGCCUGUCGUGGCUUUUGUCCCAGCGUGCUGCGCUAGCGUGUGAAUAAAGGGAGAGGGCUCUAUCUGGCUGUUGGCGUUGUUGAGUUACUGCCACAGCGCGGUAAAAAAAUGCGCUGGCGACUAGAGGGAUGCGUCCGACCCACGCCCUGGGGUUGGACCUGGGGGGGGGGGAGACAAACAGCAGUCGCAGGAGGCACGCUUGUGGGAUUAGAUUUGACUUGUGUAUGUGUAUUUCUGUAGCGUGGGCAACAAGCCACCGGGCAAGCAGCGGGGUGUGUUCUGCUUGGCGAGGGUAGUGUCGCCGCCUGGCUGCCUUCGUCCACACACCCCGGAAUGCUCCUUCGCGUGUUCGCGCUACUUAGAUUGGCGAGGGGUUGGCUACUUCUGCGGCUGAUGUCUGCCCGUGCCAUCAUCAUUUUGUAUCACCAAGUGCGCGUGAGAGAGAUCCCACACGCUGGUCUUGCCCACUCGCUGGUGUAGGUGCACGUAUCUAGUCCGAGUGUGUUCGACUUUGUCCAUGUAACUGACCAGGGAUAAUGGAUGGGACCGGGGGGUGGGUGGGGGGGAUGUACUCUGAUGAUUUGCUUCCUCAGCGGUUAGAUCAUUCACAACGAGUCCUCGAGAGGACGGAGCGUUGUUCCCACAAGACCAAUCACCGUAUGGUCAAUCGUUCCUUCCUACUUUGCCAAAGGUGUCUUGGGGGGCGGGGCUCUCGUUCAUCCCGUCCCAUGAGGUAGCGUGAGCUAUUGAGCUAGACAGGGAAGCAGAGCGUUUUCGCGUGAUGAUGAUCACCAAACCGUGAUAGCCAGCUUCCAGAGCCGGUUGGAGAAAAGCGGGAUCUCCCGUUCGCAGUAUUGCUGUAGUACCCGAUUCGCUGUUUCUGUAGGUCGUUCAUGUGUCGAACGGGGUGAGAUGGUGAUUCAGCUACGGAGCCUGCACCGUUGGCACUAAUGUUUUCGCUUUGUUUGCGGCAGCCCGAUUCUUUCUCUCAGGUUGGCCCUGUGUGUCGCGCAAUAUCCACUACUGCUGUCAGUAUGUUGGGGCGAAUCGACAUGUCCGGGCAGCAGGUGCCCAAGCUCGCCGAUGGUAUUCAUUAUUUCAUAGGUUGUCCGCGACAACAAUGUCGUUCGUCCCACCGGCUUGCCUUUUGUUCUUCUGGUAAAGCAGUAGGAGCUUAGGCUGUUUCUCAGCUGUGGUUGAUGAAGCGGGCCUGACACGAAGCCUGAUUACACGGGAGAGCACAAGAUUGAUGGUUGCACACCGGUGUGCACGUGACUCCAGCUAGCUGCUGUAGGACUGUUGCUGCGUACGUAAGACUAUACUUGUCUGUGUACAAAUAUUGCUAUGCAACAAGACCCAAUCGCU